AUGCCUGAUAUUUCCAAUACGGAAGAAUACUCUUCAAUUUUGCCUAGAUUACCAGUACCGCCCCUGAAGGAGAGUCUGAGACGAUACGUCGAACGUCUGGAGCCCCUACAAAGCCCUCAGAAUCAUGCCAAAACUAAGAGCACAGUAUUCAGCGAAGAUAGUCUACGUCUUCUGUCCGAGUUGAAUCAAGAACUGAUUGAAUACGACCAGGAGCUGCAGCGUGCAGAUCCAGCGUCGUCGUAUAUUGAACAAUUCUGGUACGAUGCAUAUCUACAAUUUGACGAGUCUGUCGUGCUCAAUAUAAAUCCGUUUUUUGAACUUCAAGACGACCCUACACUACGCCAGUUGAGCGAUUCUGACCCUUUUGGUGAAGUUUCCAGGCUCGUAACAAGAUCAUCGAGGCUUGUUCUCUCGACUCUUUCGUUUAUCAAGGAAAUACGAUGCAAAACAUUGAAGCCAGAUACGGCGCGUGGAACCCCGCUUUCAAUGGACCAAUACGAAAAACUCUUCGGAUCUGCUCGUAUACCACCUGAUGCAGCAGGCAAUUCCUGUCGUCUGCAAACGUCUUUACACUCCACCCAUAUUGUCGUCCUGUACAAGUCUACUUUGUACUGGUUUGAUGUUUUGGAUUUCGAGCAUAAUCCCGUGUUCUCUGCGCAAGAGCUGGAAUGCACCUUAUUCUCAAUAAUCAAAGAUGCAGACACGAAUACUGAGCAGCAGCCUCGUUUUCCGUGGGGCGCCCUUACCACAGAGAAUCGAAGUACUUGGUCCAAUAUUCGAGAUUACAUAAGUAGAAGCCCAAUUACCAUCAAUUCCCGAAACUUGCAAAUUAUUGACAGUGCUUUGUUUGUGCUUUGUUUGGAUAAUGUGGUAAUUGAUGACCCUGUUGAUUUAGUCCAGGAAAUGCUUUGCGGUACUUCUGACGUGGACUUAGAGGUGUCACAUAACGAUAGCCGGUUCGGAUCAGCUACAGGAGUACAGCGGGGCACUUGCCUCAAUAGAUGGUAUGACAAGUUACAAUUGAUUGUCACUCGUAAUGGCAAAGCUGGGAUUAAUUUCGAGCAUACUGGUGUGGAUGGACACACCGUGCUGCGACUCGCUACUCAUAUAUACACCGACAGUAUACUGCAACUGGCGCUUAGUAUUACCAAACCGGUGUCUGUUUAUUCCUCAGCGUCAGGUAAUGCGCAUAGCAGCCUUAUUCUUAAAACACCUCGAAAAUUGGAAUGGCAGAUGGACUCUUAUCUUCUCGCAUCCUUACACUUUGCGGAGACUCGAGUUUCAGACCUGAUAUCGCAAUUUGAAUUUGCCAGACUCGAUUUUGUUAGUUACGGUUCCCUAAAGAUCAAAUCGGUCUUCAAAGUUUCCCCGGAUGCUUUUGUGCAAAUGGGGCUGCAAGCCGCGUAUCAUUCACUGUAUGGAAAGUUCGAAGUAACUUACGAGCCAGCCAUGACAAAACAAUUUCAAAACGGGCGCACCGAGGCUGUCAGAAGCGUUUCGCAUGAAUCCAAAAGAUUUGUUGAGUCCUUCAACGGAAGUGGAGCUUCCAAGACCUUACUAAAGAGCUACUUAUCUAAAGCUUGCGAAAGGCAUUCUUUUGUGACGAAAGAAUGUGCUGCCGGAAUGGGCCAGGAUCGGCAUCUGUACGCUCUAUAUUGCAUUUGGAAAGAAAGUUUCAGGGACACCAUGCCCAAGCCGUUAAUUUUCGAAGACGGCGGUUGGAAUUUGUUGCAGACAAGUGUCAUCAGCACAUCUAAUUGUGGAAAUCCGAGCCUCCAAAGCUUUGGAUUUGGCCCCGUAUGCGCAAACGGAUUUGGCAUCGGCUACAUUAUGAGAGACAAGUCGAUUUCUAUCGUAGUAUCUUCAAAACACAGACAGACCACGAGGCUCGUACAUCUCAUCGAGCGGUUUUUUCACGACAUUGAGCGUGUCUACAUCUCUCAAGACUAG